AUGCAGAAGAUCCCGAUGGGAAGUGGUGCAGUUUUGGAAUCGAGCGGUGGAGCACGGCCACUAUUGAAAGGUCGUCACCAUAAAUUCAUGAUGAAACAUUUGAGUCUUAGCAUUGCAUAUGCCGUUGCAUGGGUUGUGCUCGUCAAAUUUGCCGUGAAUGAUCCGCGCCAGCAUGCCUAUGCUGAAUAUUACAAGAACUACGAUAUCGAAGCAAAUUUCGAGCGCAUCCGCAAACUUGGUUACUUCCAAUCGUGUCCAGCUGAUUGAAUAAAUAUGUCAAAUUGCAUCAAGUCCGUAGUUUAAAACGAAGCCGUGUUCGAAAUAAAUAAAAUAAAUGAUUUGAAUCAUG